GCAAAAACUGUACGCCAAGUAGACUACAUGGACAGGGCCAAUGUUUAUGACAAUGAUGAAUUUGAUGUAUUCAAUAAAAAAGAAGUUGAUAUGUCAAAAAUUCAUAAAGGCAAGAGGUCUGAUAAGCAUAAGAAAGAAAACAUGGACAAAGCAAGCAUAGACAAGGUGAAGGAGAUAGCAAGAAUGUAUGAUGAAAGAGGAGGAAGAAGCAUAUAUGAAGAUGAGCUGGUGGUUGAUCAGAAUGAAGAGGAGGGCUACAGUGUGUGGAACUAUGAUGAUGAAUAUGAUGACACCUACGAUGAUAAUGAGACAAGAAACAUUGAUGACUUUGAAAUUGAUAAAAAAGUAAAGAAACGUCCUGGUAUUAUUGGAGCUGGUGCACUGAAUAACCGCUUCCAAUAUGAUGAUGAUUCAGACGAAGAAGAAAUGGAAGAGGAGACUCAGACCAGUACUCAGAAGGAAGCUCCAGGGACUCAGGGUCCAAAGCAAGGAUACCCUGGUGGUGCACGGCCAAAGAACAGAGGCAGCACAAGAGGCGUGCAAAGGCUUCAGCCCAACAAUAAAUCAAGCAAGCCAAAAGGAAAGACACCCACCCCAGAAAGGGAACAAGAGGAAGAAACAAAUAAACGGGAGGAAGAACCGAAUAAAACCAGCAGAAGCUCGGGAGUUAAUUUUAUACCUUUUUGCGAGAAUCCAGAGGACGUAAGGAAGCGGAGAGAACAACAUAGACUGAAUAAUAUGGCAAACAAGGGAUAUAGAGGCAGAGGAGGAAGACCAGUAAGAGACACAGAAACUCAAAAUGGUUUUGAUGGAGAGAAGAGGCCCAAGGUGUCUGCCAGCUCAAACAAGAACAGUGGUAAAAGCUGGCGUUCUGGGGAAUGGAACGAAGAAGACAACAGAAGACCUGGAGGCAAAUACAAAGAAGACACAAAUCACGGAAAGAUGCAGAGCAGGGAGAACCGCCACAAGAUGAUCCAUAAGAAUGAGCACAAGCGGCAAGGAGCACAAGCCAAAUUCAACAGAAAUAAUUGAGUGGUUGGAAUAUGAAGGAUUUAACUUAGUUCCAAGGUUUUAAGUUAUCAUAAAUCUGUUGUAUGGUAUAUGUCAACUGAAAAGUGCUAUCACUAGUAUAUAGAAGGUCUAUAUAAUUGGUCAUAUCAACAGCUUUAACUUUUCAGAGCAGUAUAGGUACCCAUUUGGUGUGCAAUUCUAUAGAAGUGAAAAGUGAGAGAAAAAUAUUUUUGUGAUAUGCAAUUAUAAAUAAAAUUGUUAAACACUGUUUUGGGUUACUAGCAAUUUGUUGAGAGUACAGCUAACUUGGAGUUAUCUUGCUGUUUGUGAUAUAAUUAAAAUUUAAGCAGGUACCUAGAAAUGUGUAUAUCAUCAGCUACUGGAGUUAUUAAUUACAAAAUGUAAUGAAUAGUAACUUUUAUAUUAUUUUAUUUUAUGAUAUGCAAAUAUAAGUGGAUUUGUUAACA